AUGGAAUAUUGUCCUGAAACUUUGCAAAGCAAAAUCAAGAAAGAAGGGCGAUUAGAUCCGAAUUUAGCUAUACAAUAUGCUCGUGAAAUCCUUAUAGGUCUAAGUCUCUGUCAUGCCAACGGGAUUUCUCAUGGAGAUAUCAAAACCUCUAAUAUCCUCAUAGAUGCAUAUGGUCGAAUCAAGAUAUGCGAUUUUGGUAUGUCCGACUUUUCAGAUGAUCCAGAAGGUCUCAGUCAGCACUUCCGCGGAUCUUUUCCUUUCAUGGCAAUUGAAAUCAUUGAUAAAAAAGCAUACGAUAGAUUCAAAGCAGAUAUUUAUUCAUUUGGUGUAACCUUAUUCUAUACAUUAACUGGCCAUUACCCAUGGAAAGGCAUUCAUAGAGAAGAAAUAAUAAAUAACAUACAAAAUGGCAAUACAUUGGUAAAUCUUAUUGGUAUUCCAGAAUUAGAGAGUGUUAUUGACAGAUGUAUCUCUUUAUGCCCUGAAAACCGUCCUACGGCUGAUGAAUUACUCGAAAUGCCAAUAUUCGUCGAUAGGAGAUGUAUAGCUCCAACAAAGCCAAAGACACUAAUAAAUCUAACUGCAAUAGCUCAUAAGCCAAAACAAAGCAGUUCAACACUCACUUUGACUGCAAAUAGAAUCGUGAGACCAAGGCGUAGAUCUGUUAAGAUAUAA